UGUUGGGCAAUGUCUUAAUGUUGCAACAAAACAACUUCCACCUAAACCUUUAUUAGAACCGUUAACUCCUUUCCAAAUUAGUUCAAUACCAUCAUUAGCCAUGAUUUCUUUAACUAUACCUACAAAUUAUGAAAAAGGAAUUGAUGGAUUUUUAUUUAACACUAAAGGAGAUGGAGGGUUUUUGACAACUUUUGAAUGCAGUCAUGAAUUGGACAAAAAUUCGCUUCAGGCGUUGAAUCAUGAUGAUGAUGAGGAUCAAGUCCAUCAUGUAACCAAUGCUUUUUUAACCAAACAAAAACAGCAAAAACAAGAACUUCUUAAAGGAAAAUCUAUUUCAGAGCCUUGUGCAGUUUGUGGAGAUAUAGCUUCCGGAAUUCAUUUUUCAGUUUGGACAUGUAAUGGUUGUAAAACUUUUUUUCGUCGUGUUGUUGUUGAGAACCGGACCUAUUCAUGUAAUCGUAGUGGAAACUGUCCAAUAGACAAAGAUCAUCGUUGUUCAUGCCGUUCUUGCCGUUUCAAAAAAUGUCUCAAAGUUGGAAUGAAUUCUGCAGAAUUAAACAUUGAACGUCGCAGAAAGCGUAAAAUUGCAGAAAUUAGUUCUCCACAAUUUAUUGUUGAAAAAAUCACCGAUCCGCUGAUAAAAGAAUUAAUGAAAAGGGAAAGACAAUUUACAACUUUAUUAACAUCUACAACUACACCAAUCCAUCCAACUAUUGAGGAUGCUCUUAAAAUGCCCAGCAGUUUCCAGCAAUUUGAUUUUCAUAAACAGAAUCAAAUGAAGACAGAAGAUCAAAUGAAUUUUUCUUACUGGCGGUCCAAAAUUCUUUCGACAACAAUUGAGUGGGCAAAAUCUUUCGAUGAAUUUUCUGAAUUAAAAUAUGAAGAUAGAGCAGCAUUAAUUGUCCACUCCUGUUUUUCUAUUCUCGUAUUUUCUGAAGCUUUUCAUACUUCUGAACGUUAUACUGACAGAAUUGUUUUUCCAGGAGGCCUUUCCGGGUUUAGGAAUUUAAGUGCAAACAUUAUUAAAGAAAAGAGUGGAUUAAUUCCUACAGUUGUUGCUGUUAUUAAUCAAAUUUUGGUGAAUUUUUAAAUGCUUUUUUCUUAUCUAAGAGGAUCCUUUUAAUUUUUAAUAAUCAGGGUUGUUAAAAAAAUUUUUUUGCUAAGGAUACUAAAUAUACGGUGCUGCAUAAAAGUAUAAGCACAAUUGGAAAAAUGGUACAACUCGGGAUUGAGCUAUCUGAAUAUUAUCGAAUUCUGCUAAAAAUAUUAUAGUAUACUUUUGUGUAGCACUGUAUUAAGGGUAUUUUGAUAAUUUGGAUUCCUAAUUGUUUCUACGUUAAUCUCCUUAUUAUCAUUUACCGAUUGUCGGUAAGGAACGUUAAUUGUGAAAUUCACUUUACAAGCUAAGCCUCUGUCACUACAUAGA